ACGGUAGUAUAAAAGGAAUAUUCACUGUGUUCAAAUAUCUAUACAUAAACAAAACCUCAUCAGGUACUGUACAUAUUAUUAUGGAGUAUCUUGAGUUCGCUAACGACAUUACACCACUUAAAAUAACAGGAGUUGUUGUCAACAGUGAUGGAACUUCUAGACAGUUUGAUUUGGUAGAUUCAGAUAUCAGUAAAGUUUUGUUAAUGUCAUUGGACGAAGUUCGAGAAUAUAUAUAUCAAAAAGGUUUGGCGUUAAUUGGUCGACAAAGCACUAAUUUUCUAAAUGCAUUUGAAAAUAAGAUACCUCUUGCUAGAGAAUUUGUGUGUGAACUUAAAGAUAUUUUAAUUCCGACAAAUGAAGAUGCACAAGAUGGUUCAUAUUCCUUUUACCUGGAAAAGGACUUAAGAAUGCCAAGUUUUCCCGAAAUUGUAGAAAGACUUCAUAUAGAUAAGGGAUGUAAAAAGGAUGAAGAUGAUAAUAUCGUGUCAGUAAACGAAAGCGCUUUUCGUAUCAGGAAACCGCAUAUGAUGGAUGAAGAUUUAGAGCCUACUGAUGAAUAUAUCGAUGCAGUUAGAAAUGCAUUAAAUCAUUCCGAAGAUAAUCAAAAACAACAGGAAGCUCUAACCAGAGUAGGAAAAAAAUUUGGAUUUUUCUGGUCUAAAGAAGUUAAGCUUGGAGGAAAACUAUACGUGAAUGGACAAGAUAAUGACCUUAAUGGGUUGGAAAGUGAAAAUUGGCAAAUUAUUGAACGCAAUGAGUUAUUGUCAUUAUAUAACCUAUUACCACAAGAACUUAUUUUAAAGAUAAAAAAGACCAAUUCCGAAACUUCUACAUUUAGAGGUGUUAAGAUAUUUACUUCUGUUAUUGUGAUGAACGCUGCAAAACCAUAUCGAAAUGUGUUUGGAAUUAGAGUUGAUUAUUUGGAUGAUGAUAAUCCAUAUAUCGUA